ACACCGACUUCGCCCAAUAGCAAAUGAGCACGGAGGCGUAUCAUUGCACGGACACUCCAAUCGGCUCGCAGGAAGCUGCCGUCUCCUAGGUGAAAGCGGAAGUAAGACCCUUGCGCGCCGCCAUGGAAUCGCUCCUGCAGCACCUGGAGCGCUUCUCUGAGGUUCUGGCCGUCUCCCGCACCGCUCACGUCCGCAGCUGGGACCCCGCGACCGUGCGCAGGGCCCUCCAGUGGGCUCGCUACAUGCGCCACGUCCACAGGCGCUUUGGCCGCCAUGGCCGCAUUCGCACGGCGCUGGAGCGGCGGCUGCACGGCCAGUGGAAGCCGGCGGACGCCUCUGGGCCCGCUACCAUCCCCGGGUUGACGAACUUCCGGGACUUGGGGCGCUGCGACCUCCUGCUGUCGCAGCGCCUGCUGGAGAACCGGGCCCUGGGCGAUGCCGCCUUUCACUGCCUGCUGCAGCAGCUCUUUCCCGGCCCUGGCGCCCGGGACGCCGAAGAGGAGACGCUCCAGGGCAGCCUGGCCCUCCUCGCCCGCCGCCGGUCCGCUGUCCACCUGCUGCGCGCCAGCGCUUUCGGAGAGAACGCGGCCCUUCGGGAAGAUUCCCUGAUGAAGACCCAGGCGGAGCUGCUGCGGCGGCGUCUGCAGGAGGCGGGCGAGGCCCGAGCCGACGGCGCCCGCGGGUUGCUCGGCAGCCUGUGGGAGCGCUUGCCCCCGAACAGCUUCCUGGGGGUGGCAGCGGCCGCUCUCUUGCUGCCCUCGUCAUCUCCCCGGCCCCCCAGAGAGGAGCUGGAACAGGGCAGCCCCAGAACCCCGGGAGAGGGGCGUGACGAGCUGGUUCACUGGCUGCUGGAGAAGUCGGAUAUCUUGGCUUCUUUUUGCCGCAGCCUCCCAGCUGGGCUUUUGGCCUCGGUGGCGGGCCGCCACCCGGAGCUGUUCCGGGCCUACCUGGGCCUGCUCACGGACUGGAGCAGACAUCUGCACUACGACCUCCAGAAGGGCGUUUGGGUUGGAGAUGAGGCCCGAGAUGUGCCCUGGGAGGAGUUGUACGGCAGGUUUCAAAGCCUUUGUCAGGCCCCUUCACCUCUGAAAGAUGAAGUUCUGAGGGCCCUGGAGUCCUGGAAGGUGCAGGAUGGCGAUUUUGACGUCCCUGGUCUUAGCAUCUGGACAGACCUGUUGUCAGCUCUUGAGAGUGGUGCAUGACGUUGCAUUUGGGAAAAGACAAAUUUUAGGCCUCAGCCCAGGUCCCAGUUCUCCAUGGGCAGCGUUCUGUAUUGAUUACUUGAAUCUAUGGUUUACAGAAUUAAAGUUUCAGUGCUCCCACCAAA